GCCGCCAAAUGGAACCGCUGGCCUUAUCUCGUGGGCUCCUAUAAGUCGUCAUAGUAACGAAUUUUCCAGCUGACUUAAAGAAACGCAGGCUCUUGUCAACUGUAUCCAUGGUAACAAGUCACGCUAAUUUCUUUGCUUGUGUGUCAAGUAAAGUCUCUUGAGUUGAAGAUUUUAAUUUCAUGAGCUAACAAUACUACUGUUUUUCGGCAUCAAAAAGGAAAAGAAAAGAGCCAUGCAUAGAGCGUAUCAACCCAUUACUCCUGCUAAUAACAAACUGUUGAAACAAAGAUGGGAUAAUAGCAGUUACGACACUCAUCGCAGAAAGGUUAAAUCGGCGGUAGCUGUUAUCGAUAACAAAGCGCCCAAAACAUACAUGCAUCUUCAUUUAAAGCUCAAAAAGAUCCAGGUUGAAGAGGAAACAAAUGCAACUAUUCAGCGCGAUAAUCGUAUUUUGCUUGAGAAGAUGUCUUACAUCAUGAGAACUAAAGGAAGAGUGGACAAUAGAAAUGAUUAUGAACACAAGAGCCUGAAUAAGACCAAGAGACAGAGGGAACUGCUAAGAGUAACACAUGAAAAUCAGGCCAUUUUAAAGAGAAUUGCAUCAAGAGAACCACACUACAAUCAUCUGCAAUGG